AUGACCAAAACUAAAGUUCUUCUGGUUGGCAGUGGAGCCCUUGGGAUCGUGGCCGCUUAUACACUAGAAUACAAUGGAUUUGCAGAGGUGACGGUGGUAGUUAGAUCCGGCUACAAAAAAGCCUCAACGGAGGGAUACAAAAUUGAGUCUGUGCAAUUUGGUAACAUUGACCAUUGGAAGCCGUCGAAGGUCGUAAGUUCAGUUCAUGAAGCUGUUGCCAACGGCGAAGAAUACGACUACAUAUUUGUAUCUGUUAAGAACUUACCAGACUCCCCAAAGCCUUGCGAAGAGAUCAUCGAGCUCGCAAUGAGGACCAAUCCAAAUACGGCCGUGAUAUUGUGCCAGAACGGUAUCGAUAUUGAGAAGCCAUUAAUAGAAAAAUACCCGGGUCAUGUGAUUCUGAGCUGUGUCUCGCUUAUAGGAUGCACGAAUAUCGACUGUGUGGUGAGCCAGAUGACACCAGACAACGUUCAGCUAGGUAUCUUUGAAAACCCGACCUUGAAAGACCGUGCCAGAGCUGAGCAGAUCUUGGACAAGUUCAUUUCCAUCUACCGGAUGAAGGACGGCAAGAACGUAGUCAAGAAAGACAUUAAUGUUAGACAAACUAGAUGGCAGAAGCUGCUGUAUAAUGCUUCGGUCAAUACUUCGACUGCCCUGACCAAUCUGGAUUGUAGCAGGGCAGCAAUGGCGGGUUGCAAAGAAACAGUAUGGAGACCAGUCAUGAGAGAAAUAUAUGCAAUCGCAAAGUCAGAUGGGUAUACACUUCCUCCAGAAUUGGAGGAAACCAUGCUGAACAUCUCCGAUGGUUUAUUCUAUACUCCGUCGAUGCUUGUCGACGUAAGACUGAAUAGAAUGAUAGAAGUGGAAACCAUCGUUGGAAAUCCGCUCAGGAUUGCGGAGAAGAACGGCAUUGACGCGCCCCACCUUUCAAUGAUCUACCAUCUUCUCAAGAUGGUCCAGUUCCGUAUCAAGGAACAACAGGGUCUUAUCACUGUCGAUGACUCUGUCAAGGAGUACAAAACGGCUGAUGAGUACGGCAAAGGCUUCUAA